AUGACACAAUGUCUAGAGUUUGAAGAAGUCGGUAGACAGUUAAAGGAAGCAGACGCGAUAAGCGAUCUGGCCAAAUUUGGGAAAAUAGUGAAAGUAACGUCAUACUUGCCAUUUACUAGUUCUGCAGAUGCGCUAGAGAACGCUAGCAGCAUUGCCGAAGAGAUCCAAGAUAAGGCACUUGAACAUUUGAUCACAAAAUUUAACUCUUUCAAAUCCGUCAUCUGGCUCCAAUUCACGUAUCCGCAAAAUCAUAACUACACAGGCAAGAUUAGUUCAAGGCUGGGCCACUUUUUGCAAGAAUCUCUACCAGCAUCCAAGAAAAGUUUUGUUCUUGGUAUACAGGACAAAAACCUUGCGUCUUCUAUUACUGCCGAACUCGAGUACUCAUGCGAUACUGGCGAACGCGUCUUAGAAAUAGGCCGUGGGUUAAGGACGCACGCUGAGAAGCUGUUGUCUGGAUACCUAAAAAAGGGAGACAUACAGAGAGGACAGUUGGGAUUAGGACACAGUUAUUCAAGAAGUAAGGUCAAGUUCAGCGCAGAGAGAUCAGACACAAUGGCCAUGCAGGCAAUUAAUCUGUUGGAUAUGCUGGAUAAGGAUAUUAAUACCUUCACUAUGAGGGUUAGGGAAUGGUACUCGUGGCAUUUCCCCGAACUUGCAAAGAUAAUCGGCGAUAACGUACAGUACGCUCAAUUAGUUCCUAUUAUCCGAGACAAACGCAGCCUUUCCGAAUCGUCUCUUGAUUCACUGACGCAAAUAACUGGCGAUGAAAAAAAAUCUCAAGAUAUUAUUGAAGCUGCUCGCACUUCCAUGGGUUCUGCCAUAUCCGACUUGGAUAUGAUUAAUAUCACUCAGUUUGCAAAUAGAGUCAUCGAAUUGUCAAAGUUCAGAAAGAAAUUACACGAAUACUUGGUGAACAAGAUGGAAAACGUAGCACCGAAUUUGGCGGCAUUGUUGGGAGAAAUUGUGUCGGCUAGGUUGAUUUCGCAUGCUGGUGGUCUGAGAAAUUUGUCAAAAUAUCCCGCAUCGACUCUGCAGAUCCUCGGAGCCGAGAAGGCUCUGUUCAGAGCUCUUAAAACAAAGAGUGCAACACCAAAAUUUGGUCUUCUUUACCAUUCCACCUUUAUAGGCCGUGCUGGCUUUAAGUCCAAAGGCAAAAUUUCGCGUUUUUUAGCCAAUAAAUGCUCGAUAGCAUCACGGAUUGAUUGCUUCUCUGGUGAGUUGGAAUACGGAUUGGUUGUUGUUCCAAGUAUUUUGAAAGAGGGAGAGCCAUUAACGACUUUUCAUUGUCGUCCCCAUGUUACAUUAGACACGCCGACGUCAAAAUUCGGUGAGGCGUUGAAGAAACAAGUGGAAGAGCGUUUAUCAAUACUUGACUAUGUACAGACCGAAAAUAAUAUGGAUUUAGAUCAUCACCCAAUGAAAAACUAUGAAGUUAUGAAGCAAGUUAUAAAUGAAAUACAGCAAGAGGCCCUACAAAAGACUGCUGGAGAAAAGGAUCAAAUGGAUGUUGAUGAAGGAGAGUCAGUAGCGACUGAAAAAGAAGGAGUGAAAGACAAAACCAAAAAACGCAAGAUGAAAUCGUCAGAAAGUCCAAAGAAAAAGAUGAAGAUCGACAAAGAGACAGUUGAAGAAACCGUAAAAGAAAGCCCAAAGAAAAAAUCAAAAAAGGCACCUGGUGAUGAGAAAAUUUCGAAAGAUAUUGUUAAGAAGGAGAAAGGGAGUAAGACGAAAGAUAAAGGGAGUAAAACAAAAGAUAAAGGGAAGAUGAAGGACGAUGUGAGCGAGACAGAGGGUAAAUCGAAAGAUAAAGGGAGUAGGACGAAAGAUAAAGAGAGUAAGGUGAAAGAUAAGGAGAUCCAGAUAGAGGGUAAAUCGAAAAAUAAAGGGAGUAGGACGAAGGAUAAAGAGAGUAAGGUGAAAGAUAAGGAGAUCAAGAUAGAGGGUAAAUCGAAAGAUAAAAGGAGUAAGACGAAAGAUAAAGAGACCAAGACAGAGGAUAAGGUGCACAGUAAAAAGAUUAAGAAAGAUAAAGCGAGUAAAAAAGGCAAAGAGAAGGCGUAA